AUGAAUGAAAGAAGAGGCAAGAAGAGGAAACAGCCUCCCUCGUUCUCCACCACUGUUCCUGUCGAAGAGGCUCCACCCAAACACCCCCUCACAGUCGCUAAAAACCCCAAUCCAAUUUUCUUCAUUGGCUCACCGGAAAAACGAAGCAGAACACGAAGAAUGAUCAACAGUGUAGAGUCCAUUAGAUGGUCUACUGUGGGAAGAUACAGAGUUGAUGUAGCAUCAUUCGAAUCAUUAGCUUUGCCUGAGUUACAGUUCAAAGAAGAUACAAAUCUGUUUGUGAUUGAUGAAGUUGGAAAGAUGGAGCUCUUCAGUUCGUUGUUCUUCCCUGCAGUGUUAUGUGUUCUUGAGUCAAAGAAGAUAAAUCUCCGGUGGUUGUUUCUUCCGACGGUGAAUCAGAGAGAGAGAGAGAGAGAGAGAGCAUCUUAUGUCAUAUUGGAUGAUGAGUCUGUUUGUUGA